CCUAUACUCGCCACGCCGUUAUUCCAUUUUCAGAAUGCCAAAUUAGUUUCAAACUGAGAGGAGCAAAGGCCGAAGAGCCGUUGGGGUCAGAGGAGAUUAAUAUCCGACUCGAUAUAAUAGCGGUAACGUCUUAGCGGGGCGAGGAGGCAAUUAACCCUAGCAGCAAGUUGACGAGUGUACGUUGUUAACCAAACUGCGUAAUUCUUUGCUUUCUUCACUGUGGCGUAAUUCACUGCGGCUUCUUUUUAACCGUACAACCAUCCGGGAACAGUCAUGUUGGUGAUCGUCCCGUUUCUUGCAUAUGUCACUUGGAUACUCUUAAGCUCAACAAACGUUGGUGCCGACUGUACGAUCUUCAUAAAUUACCCACAAGGCGAUCUUAAAGAGCCUCAACCGUUGAUACUGAGAGAGAACAACAGUUAUAAAAGUUUCCUGUAUCCGGAAAACAACGAUGGGAUAUUGCGAAUACGCGCGGGCGCUACCAUUGUUUUGGCAUGUCCAGGCAAGAAUAAUUAUCUCAAAAACGAAGUUUGGGGUGAAAAAGCCGAAGCGGUCUGUUUACGAAAUAAGUUGUUUCACGUGAAUGGAGGUACCUACGAUUUUUCGAGCUUAAUUUGCGCGAAGAACGCUGUGGAUAGUACCAAAUACAUGAAACCGCCACAUUACGCCUGCAAGCAUACCUCCGUUGAAAUUGGUUUCUACAUGGGCAACACCUUCAUUCCUACUAUUGAAAUAUGUCGUGACGACCGAACGUAUGCGACAUAUUAUACGAAGUUCCGGAUGACGAGACACAUCGACAGUUUCCAGAAAGGAUAUCCUAGACCGCGAUUCAAGCAGGGCAAGUUUUAUCAAGGAAUAAGCGUGGACAAUCUAUAUCAAUUCGACACCCAGAAUGAGACUCUCACUAAAAUUCUGGGAUCGUCCGAGUUGCUGAGGGGACGAUUACGCAAAUCAGUGCAGUACCUCGCUCGCGGUCAUCUAGCGGCCAAAGCGGACUUCGUGUACGGUUCCCAGCAGAACGGCACUUUUUGGUUUUUGAACGUCAUGCCUCAAUGGCAGUCCUUCAAUGGUGGUAACUGGAAAUUUUUAGAAAACAGCAUCAGGGACGUGGCUAAAAAUCGGCAAUUGGAACUCGAUGUUUACACGGGAGUAUACGGUCAGAUGACCAUGGCGGAUAUUAAUAGCAUACAACAGCCCAUAUACUUGUACCCCGAACGUCGAAUUUUGCCCGUACCUAAAUACUUUUGGAAGAUCGUCUACGACCCGUUGCUCAAGAAGGGUACCGCGUUUGUGGGCCUAAACGAUCCAUUCGUAGAGUCGAUCGCAGACAUCAAAUCUCUGUACCUCUGUACGGACGUCACUAAACAGAUCAAGUGGCUAAACUGGUCUCCGAACAAUAUCACGGCCGGUUUUUCUUACGCAUGCUCUGUCAAUGAGUUACGAAGAAAGGUGUCCGAAAUACCAAAUUUUCAUGUGACCGGUCUUUUAAAAUGAUAUGAAAACGAAUCACUCCAGUGGACUCCGAUUUUGUACAUAUCGCAGUAUUAGGUAGAAAUAAUGAAAUUUGCUAUCCUGACAGAUUAAUUCUUAUAAUUUUCAGUUUUCUCUUCAUAUUUAAUGUUUUCAGAUAUUACAACGCAAUCAUAAGUCACUACCGCGAAAAAUAUUUUACGAUUUAUGUUAGGUAUUGACAAAAAAAUUGAAAUGCAAUUCAUACGCCCCGUCAAAUUAUCUUAACAAAUUUUUAACAACCUUUAUAAAUUUGACGACUCAUUUGUGAUAUUUUUAUCUAUUGUAUAGAAGAUUUGCAUCUCGUUUGAUUCUAAUAUAAAAUUAUUGUAAAGCUAUUUAAUAGAGAGAACUCUCUGAUAAAGCUUGUACGGAACAAACCGUAUUGGAUUGCAGUGACCCGGCUGGCCGAUUUCCAAAAUGCACCAGACCCAGAGAGAAAUACGUAGCGUCUCAAGAACAAAUGAGUUAUUAAACGAAUGCAUCACGUAGACAUAAAUCACGUAACAUGGGGAUACAACUUCUUAUUAAGACAAAUUGCCCUGAAGGAAUUAUUUCGAUACGUUGAAACAAGAAUCACUCGUGCAUGACGCGUUGCACUAAAAAGUAUUCUUGAAAAAUUACAUGUUAAUCAGAUAUGAGUCAACUUUAUCUCGAGUACGAUAAAGCAAGAUUUAUUUUUAAAGACUCAAGUUUCCGGACAGUUAUCUGCGUCAUAAUUUUGCAAGAGGACUCGUUUCUCGCAGGAAAGAUACUGGAUAUCUUUCGUAGACCGAGAGACGCGACAAAUCUGUACGUGCAAACAACGGACGAAGUUUAACGUUGACUGUUUUUUCCAAAAAAGUGGAAGUUAAUGGAAGUAAAAUAUCACGUUACGAGAGAAUGUCAAAUCUUACAACAUGCUGUACUGAUAAAGAUGUGUAUAAUACGGAGAAGAAAUAUUUGUAGGAAAUCACGUUCACACGCGUGCGAUAUUUGUUUAUAUCAUUUGCGUAUUAUUUUAAAUUUAUUGAUUCAUUUAUGAUAGGAGUAAAUAAAACUUCUAUAUGUAAUCGUUAGAACAGUAACAGUAGUCAAAUAAUAACACAUAAUCAAAUAUUAGCAAAUAGUA